UCUUCUUUUUUUUUUUUUUUUUUUCCUUCCCAUCCCCCCACUCGGUUUGAAUGCCGAUGUCACCAGCAGCUCUGCUCACGGAGCCGAAAGUGCAGAAGCAAAAGCGAAGGGAAUUCAUCCGUUUAACAAAAGCGAAGGCGGCCUGUGAGAAGCGCGAGGAGACUGGAAGAGAUCCGAAAUAGAAACCUUCAGCUCCGUUUCGAUUUGCACACGCUUUUCCGCUCCACCUACACUUGCCCGAUCAGAACAUGGCAAGUGGGCAUCCCAUUGACUCAUUUGCUUUCAUGUACAGACCCGAAAGCUCUCAGAACUCAAAGAGUAAGGUUCGACCGUCUUCCAGCAUGAAUCCUGUUUAUAGUCCAGUGCAGCCGGGCACGGCGUACGCAAACCAAAAGACCAUGACGUACCCAGGAAACAACGAUGGCGUGAUGCAGCCAGACACGAAGUGGAGUUACUGUUACGACAGCAAUGUUGAUUAUUUUCCAAUAACAAGCAAGUCCAGAAGUGGAUUAUUCUUAUACCUAAUACCACAACAAUUUGCCAACACAACACGUUGCUAUCCUGCAGGUUAUCCCACUACAGCUCCAGCAUACACACCUAAUAUCUACCAGACGGGCACCCCGGGAUACCCUCAAGGAUACACAACAGGAACUCCCUAUAAGGUGCCCCCGGCACAGACGAACGGAGCCCCUCCACCGUACUCGGCGUCCCCGAACCCCUACUCCACGGCCAUGUAUCCCAUCAGAAGUGCCUACCCUCAACAAAACCUCUACGCUCAGGGCGCGUAUUAUUCCCAGCCAGUGUUUGCACAGCCACAUGUAAUCCAUCACACCACGGUGGUGCAGCCCAACAGCCUGCCGUCAACCAUCUACCCAGCGCCGGUGCCUUCUGCCCGGCCUAACAGCGUUCCCGUGGGCAUGCUGAGUGGCUCCACCAUGGCCAUGUCCGCAGGGCCGCUGCUCACCACACCACAGCACACGCAACAUAUCGGCACUCACCCGGUCACCGUGCCAACGUACAGGCCGCAGGGGUACAGCUACGUACCCCCGCACUGGUAGAGCUGCCAGCACACUGCAUAUCUGGAGUUCACAUUGUUCACAUUUCCAGUCUUCGUGGACGCAGCCUCCAGCACCGGGCCACAGAGUCCUUCUGCGAGUACAAAUACUGAACGAGCAACGGUCACUUUGUGUUCUUGGCGAUUUCGUUAAAGCUGCUCACUCGGAUCGAAAUUUGUUCAGUUUUUGUGUUACGUUAGAAAUCCCUGACCAACACCUACCAGCAGUUAAAACACACACAAAAAUUCAACUACACUGAGCAGCCGUGAGCAUCUUGCUGCUCUUUAACACUGGGCCCUGUGCUACAAUAGUACUUUCUCUAACAGUCUGAAUGUACACAUUUGUGUAUUACAUUAUAUAACACUUAGGUUUGAGUUCAGGGUUUUUACUUUAGUUUGUUGGUUUAGUUAUUUUUUUUGUCCCGUCCCCCCCUCCCCCUCUCCUCCUCUCCCCGUUUUCUGCAGUGCUCUUGUGAAAAGUGCUGUGCUCUUUUUUUUUUUUUUUUUUUUCUUUUCUUUUCAUUUCUCCAUCCAAAUUUUGCCUUUGAGAAAAGGUCGACAUCCUCCAUCUCCCAGCACAUGAGUAGGGUCUUCCUGCUUAUGCUAGUUUGCAGAAUUUGGGGACUCCUAGUGAAUCAUUUUCAUCUGGUACUGCCAUUCUAGUAGAUGCACAAUCUUUAAAGGACAUUUCAGCGGUUUAAUCGGCUGUAGUGGACGUUAAAGUGGGUUCGCCUGCUUUAGUGGGGUUUUUAAAAAUCCGUUAACCAGAUUUAGUGGACACUUCAAGUGAAUUAGCCCAUUUUUAAGGACGCUUUAAAUGGGUUAACCGUUAGCAGGUGGCGAUUGAAGCGGAUUAGGUGGACGCUUUAGGACGCGUUAGAACACCGAGUGGGUUAACCAGCUUUGGUGGUCAUUAACAUUUAGGUGACCAGCUUUAUUAGAAACUUUUAAAGAGGGGCGGGCCGUUUUAGUGAACAUUUCAAGUGGGUUUAAUAAGCGUUUAAACGGACAUUUCUUUAGGGGAAUCGUCUUAAGUGGACACUUCACGUGGGUUAGCUAGUUUUAACGCCCACGUCAGUUAACUAGCCGACGUUUCAAAGGGCGAAUCAUCUUAACCGGACGCUAUAAGUGGGUUAACUAAUUAUUUAACCGGAUUUAAGGAGAUGUGCAUGAGCUAUUCAUCUUAAGUGACAAGUGAAGGGGUUUAGCCAGUUUUAGUGCACAUUUUAGUUAGCUAACCUGAUUUAACGCGACCUUUCGUUGGCUCCCCGUCUUAACUGGGUAUUUCAAAUGCGUGGACAUUUCAGGAGGUUAUCCAGCUUUAGUGGAUAUUUCGGUGGGUUAGCCAGUUUCACUGGAUGCUUCAAGGGUAGGGCAGAGGGUAAGCCUGUUUUUAGUGGAUUUUAGUAUUUUAGUCAGUUACCCAGCUUUAGUGCACAUGUUAAGUUUUACUGGACAUGUCAGUAGGAUGUCUGGCAUCAUAUCUCACGAAGCUGUGAAGCAACGUCGAUAUAUUAUCCAUGCAGUAUGUAAAACGUGAACAAAAUGAGCAAAAGGCCUGCUGUAAUAGGCUUUACGUGCACAUGCUUAUCGAUCAUGCACUCACUCGUGUGCAUAUGCAGAAAUCAUAGAAGAGAUACAAUAAGACAGGAGCAAUGCAGCUGGUGGUCUAGGAGGCGUAGAGGUGUAACGAAGCGUGAAAACCGAGCAGGAAGGUUCGAGGCCCUGGUCAUUAAAGACGCGGUUGGAUUCCGUAUGCGCUUAGAUCCGACGUAUAGGACUCCGAGUAGGACUGACGCAAGCAUGCUUACGUACUUCAGAGAUUUUCUUUCCGUCACGUUAAAUUCCGACCAAAUCGAAGCACCAGCCUCGGACGCUACGUUUCCGAGUGUGGUUUGCAAUAAAUUUCAGAAGUCCACGUGGUUUUCAUGCGCCUGUGUAGCGCCAUGGACUCGUUACUAGGCAGCUGAGAGGGGAAACGAAACACCGUCCUGGCUUUUUACUACUGUUUGGAGAGCACCCUUGGAAUCUUUCUCUUUAAUGGUUCGCACGAGUGGUCACUCGCGGCACAAGGCAAGGACACCAGCUUAGGAGCGAAACGUUUUGAUUUAAGCCGUCAUAUCAAGUUCAUAGCUAAUUAGGCGGCUGGAUAAUGACCUAGCAUGCUGAUCGAACCGAGCUAGCAGAAUAAAAAUACAAAAUAGCUACAUAUAACCAGAUUCUAACGCUUUAAACUAAUUGAACGAUGUCGACCGUCAAGAGUUGUAAGGCAUUCUGGGUAAGUUCUAUAAUCCUGUAAUGUACAGUGAUGCCGAAUUCAUCCUCCACUCGGGCAAGUACCGUCCUUAAAGUUGCGACAGGGGUUCAACAAAUGAGAAAUGCUUUCGGAAGAUCAGCAAGGGUGUGUUAAAAACAGUUGGAAAGCAGGAUGUGGGUCGUCCCCCCCCCCCCCCCCCGUCCCCCGCCCCCCUCCCCCCACCAUCCCAUCUCUCUCUUUCCAUGCAUGCUAGUUGUCUUAGAUUUGGAGCAGGCCAUAGUCUUGAGGUAGCGCUAAAGAAGAAAUUAAAAUCUGUGUUUUAUCAUGCAUUAAGUUCUCAUGCCUGGGCAUAAGGAAAUAGUUAGUAUGAGUGAGAGACUACAUUGCUCAAGAAACUCGUAACGAACGUAUAUAACAUUCAGUAAGGAAUAUUGCACUCUUCAAAAGUAAUAAUCUAUGCUUGUAGUUGGUACAGUACUUAAUCUUAAAUAAAAAGCGCAUUUAUUGUACAUUUCAAUUGUGGUACUCUAGUCUUCCAGACAAAAAAACAACAAAAAAAAAAAACACUGAAGAGAUCCAUGCAAAAUAUUAUAUAUCAUUGCAGUAUUCUUCCAUAUUUUAACCACUUUAUUAAAAAAAAAAAGAAAAAAAAGAAGUAAGUCUGUGUUUUAUUAAAAAGCGACAAAAUGGAGUUUGCAGGCUAUAUUUCAAAUGGUCACACUAGUCUAGAGUUGUGUGUUUGUCUAGGGGAGGUCGUCGCCCUGGGUCGUGCCGUGUCGGUCCGUGUGUAUGGUGAGAUUCGCAGCAUUCCUCUGUAUCCUCGUAAUUGUUGGUUUUAUGCAGUUAAGCAUCAUGAAAUAACCCAAAUUUAUAGUUUCGACGGCAGAAGCAUGCUCUUUGGCUUUCGUGAGGGUUCGGCUUAAAACCCCGGACGUGCCGAGUCGUUAAAAGUAAAAGUUUGUUAUAUUAAGUCGCGACAGGCGACGUUACGUUCCGAAACGUUCACAUCGCAACGGAUUUGAACGAGUCGUUUUGCGCGGAUGUAAGAUAUCAUGGUAACGGUUUCUAUGAAGCUUGUAUUCAUAAAACUUAUGUGCUUAUAGUUUGGUGGGGUUUUUUUUU